AGCUUGCUGUCAUUGCAUCAGAUUGGAACCAUACACAAUGAUGCCAACCUCUGCGACUACUUGGAGUCCGAGUUCCUACAGGAGCAGGUCGACUCCAUCAAGUCAAUUGGAGACUUGCUGACCAACAUCCGUCGUGUUGGCAAGGAUGGCCUUGGCAUCUACAUCUUCGACAAGGAGUUCAAGUCCUAACUCGCCCCAGUACUCACUCUGUAGCUGCAGGACCAUUGUUUAUCCCCCUGCAUAUGUUAUUAUACUAUCAACUUUCUGUUAUUACAUCACUUAAGUGUUGCUUCUAAAGCUAACCAGAUAUUGUUUUGUCUUUAAAUAUUGUACUGUUAAAAAAGAUAAGUAAAAAAAAAGAAAAUGUUGACUUUUUUAGAAGAGGAUCUCUUUAUAAUUCACACCAUUCCAGUGUUGCACUAUACUUUGUAUGCCUUGGAUUAUUAUACGUAACUUGCAAUUUUGUUUACCUUUUUCUUUAAACUAAAACCAAAGAAUUUUACUCAGUAUUUGUUUAUUUAGAUUUUAUACACCAACAAACAGGUUCUAGUUGGUGCUAUUUUGUUAUUUUAUGGUUUUUGUUGUAAUUUUUUCACAAAGCACCUUCUGUGAUUAAUAAAACAAGUUGUUGUAGCAAA